CAGCUUUGUUUGAAGCUACCCCUCACGCCUGGGAUAAUGUGUAACUCGAAAGGUUGUUUUGCUAGAAGCUUCUCAGUUGUAGGGAGCAUAAUUUGAACAGAAGACCUGUAUCAUUCAGUCAUCCAGAUGUAAACUCGAAUAAACCCGCUCUAAUCCCGCGUAUCUAAGGUUUUAGGUGCUUGGAUAUUCAAAUUUACGAUAUUGUACCUUAGAAGGGACCAGGUCUCUCGACGUCCUACAUCCCGCCCCUAACAGUGUUACAUCUGGGUAGUGUGAUAUAUGUCUCUAUCCAAGCAUCUUUCCGGAUCCCGAAGAGUUGCUGCCGUAACAUCAGGCCUAGUAGCUCCACCAGAAGCUGCUUCUCAAGUUCACCCACCUUCUUUUUCCAGUUCUAGGUCUAAUUCCGACUUUAAUUCCAAUUCUAAUCUUUCAAUCUCAUCAAACUCGUAUCCACUCCUAAACAAUAGGAACCUCACUUCUCAGUCAAUAAAAACCCAAAAUCUACUGAAGCAGUUAACUCCCAAACAUACUUGCAAGAUGUCGACUAUGCCAGCUCAGCACGGCCAUUCUGAGGCUUGCUGUAACAUUCCACCCGUAGUUGCGACGGGAUAUAGCGCAAAGGGCAGCUAUGAGGAACUCGGAGGCUUCAAAUCAUACGUCACCGGUCCGAAGGAGGCAACUAAGGGCAUAAUUACCAUCUACGAUAUUUUCGGGUAUUAUCCGCAAACACUCCAGGGUGCCGACAUUCUCUCAACUUCGGAUCACUCGCAGAAGUACAAGGUUUUCAUUCCGGAUUGGUUCAAUGGCGAGCCCGCCCCCCUCUCGUGGUUCCCUCCCGACACCGAGGAGAAACAGAAGAAUCUCGGUGCUUUCUUCCAGAAGAACUCACCUCCAAGCGUAGCAGCCAAGGUUCCAGACUACGUCAGUGCCGUCUCGGCCAAGUAUCCCGAAAUCAAGUCAUGGGCUAUUCUUGGAUUCUGCUGGGGAGGCAAGGUCGUCUCUCUCGUAACCUCGAAACCAGACACCGUCUUCAAAGCAGGCGUUGAAGCCCACCCGGCAAUGGUUGACCCCGCUGAUGCUGAGAACAUCAAGGUUCCCCUCGCUCUACUAGCUUCUAAGGACGAGACCCCUGAAGAUGUCAAGAAGUUCGAGGCGAACCUUACGGGUCCCAAAUACGUCGAGACCUUUGGCGACCAGAUCCACGGUUGGAUGGCCGCGCGCUCCGACCUCGAAAACGAGCGUGUGAAGGCCGAGUACAUCCGCGGCUACGAAACAGUCUUGAAAUUCCUGUCUCAGCAUAUCUAAACUAUGCACAAAAAUUCUGAUCUAUGGAUUAGCAGAGUGGCGAAUAAGCGGAUAUGUAUCUAGGUGAGCUGAAAUCUUAGGGAGCAAGCCGUCGCGUUUAAAGUGAGGCUUACAUAGGACCUAACUCCUUUAAUUUACGAUUAUGACAGUACCUUCUUUUACGUAUGAGUAGGCGCGAGCGAACGAAUUCCAUGUCACGUACGAAUCCAAUUAAACUAUGGGCCAGCGUAAGGAACACCAAUGUAAUAAUAGCGAAUCUUUGUAUUGGUUCUCAGCAUGUGAGAUACUUGCAGUUGUUUGUCAUUGUGCUACAGCUCGAAACUUCCCUCUGCGAUAUGCACCUUUCCUGUGCCUAGUACGAUUUUUUUUGGGUUUUUCUUCCUU